UAUUCAUUUUCUUCUCACAAGUCAUAAUUAACAACUGCAUCAAACCAAAAAUUCACGCUUUCUUUUAUUCUUCUCUUCACGCUUUUGUUCUCAAAACCAUCCAAGCUUCGUUUCGCACAGCUUUUAUCCAAAGCUUCAAAUAAACAAUGUAUCCAAGGGUGAAGGUAAGACAGGAACCGAAUCAAGAAGACGAUGAUGAUUUACGGGACCUGGGUUUGAAAGCUUUCAUCUCUCCAUCCGUGCAUGCUUCUCCUUCUCCGGUGGUGAACCAGAAAGUUGUGUCCGUGCCAUCCAUUGUCAAAGUACCAAAGUGUUAUGUUGUUCCCCGAGUAUCUGUAACUGAAGAUUUUGGAGACAGCAGUUUGACAUGCGAUUCUUCUUCAGAACCUGAGAAGGAGGAUAAUACUGAUGACAAUAAAGUUAAUAUUAAAGCCAGUUCCAUUCCCCGUCCUCGUGCUGUCAUUUCUAGUCCUGAUAAUGACAUAUUGAUCGGGAAUAGAAACCGGAAUAGAGAUGGAAGACUUUCUGCACCGAAGAAUGGUACCGUACAAAAUAGACAUGCACACUGUAAAGUUAAAUCACAUGACGUUACUGAUAUUCCUCCAGACACAAGAAAAUACAAGGAGCCUGGGUCCAAGCAUAAAAUUGAUCCUGUAGAGAAAAAAAAGGUUCAUAAAGGCAGCAUAAAAUCUGAAAAUGUAGCUAGGGAGUGGAAGUUUUAGUUCCAUUAUAAUCUAAGAGCGUGGCUAGUUACUAGAUUGUUGGUAGCCAAAAUGUAUUACGAUGUUAGUGUAGGACGAGGUUCACUAAACACCCCCCGCCCCCCUCUCCAAAACAAAAAAAGAAAAGGAAAAGAAAGAAUAAAAUUGUGCAUGUUUUGAUUUAAUCAUGCUUAAUACUUUUACACCAAUACAAUGUUUACCUGAUGCGCGUGCAUGUCAGAUUCUUUACGGAAGAAGCUAAAGCCUGUGAUAUCAUUUAUCUUUUCUUCUACUACUACUUCAUAU